CAGACGGGUCGAAGGAUGGUGGACAGCGUGUACCGGACCCGCUCCCUGGGGGUGGCGGCUGAAGGGCUCCCGGACCAGUACGCGGACGGAGAGGCGGCGCGCGUGUGGCAGCUCUACAUCGGGGACACCCGCAGCCGCACUGCGGAGUACAAGGCCUGGCUGCUCGAGCUACUGCGCCAGCACGGCUGCCAGCGGGUGCUCGACGUGGCCUGCGGCACCGGGGUGGACUCCAUCAUGCUGGUGGAAGAGGGCUUCAACGUGACAAGCGUGGAUGCCAGUGACAAGAUGCUCAAGUAUGCUCUCAAGGAGCGCUGGAACCGGAGGCACGAUCCUGCCUUUGACAAGUGGGUCAUUGAAGAAGCUAACUGGAUGACUCUGGACAAAGAUGUGCCCCAGCCACCAGGGGGUGGCUUUGAUGCUGUCAUCUGCCUUGGAAACAGUUUUGCCCACUUGCCAGACUGCAAAGGGGACCAGAGUGAGCACCGGCUGGCCCUGAGGAACAUUGCGAGCAUGGUGCGGUCAGGGGGCGUGCUGGUCAUUGAUCACCGCAACUACGACCACAUCCUCAGCACAGGGUGCGCACCCCCAGGAAAAAACAUCUACUAUAAGAGUGACUUGACCAAGGACAUCACGAUGGGGCCGGGGCUCUGUUGCAGUAAGUUCCGGCUCUCCUACUACCCUCACUGCCUGGCAUCCUUUACGGAGUUGCUUCGAACAGCCUUCGGGGGCAAGUGCCAGCACAGCGUCCUGGGCGACUUCAAACCUUACAAGCCGGGCCAGGCCUACAUUCCCUGCUAUUUCAUCCAUGUGCUCAAGAAGAUGGCCUGAGCAAGCCCUCGGCUCCCUCCCUCUGGGGAGGAGGGGACCGGUGGCCCCUUCGGUGCGGAUCCUGGGGGUGUGGGGAGGGGCAGACUGCCGCUGGGCUCAGGAGGACGGAAAGCUGAACAAUACAGUCUGUGCCUGUUCA